CUGCGUGAUUUCAGGCGCUGGGCGGGGCGCCGGCGCCGGAGUGAGGCUUCCUGCGUUCGGCUGGGUCCUGCUGCCGCUGGGCGAGCUCGUUCGCCAGGCCGGGAAACCGGAGCCUGCUUCCUCAGCGCUUCCCUCUUCUCUUCCGGCGGAAAGCUUGAGAUGUGGUAAUGUCACCUAGACUCCUCAGAGCCCUGGCUAGAUCUCACUGUAUUUUAUCAAAAGCACAUCAGUGCCAAAGACUCAUUCAUCGAACAUCAAAACCACUUAAAGAAGUUGAGACUCCAACAUGCAGCACUGUGACAAGAAGUCAGAACUUGAAUUUGUCCUUUCCCACUACAGCAGCUGGUAGUUUGCAUAAGCCCCAGAUCCUGGAAAUGAACCAGAAACUGUCAAAUACAAGCAUAUUCUCUCCAUUAAAUACAGCGCAUUGCCGAGAUGAAAAGGCAAAGCGACCAACCAGGAAAUCUUUUGGAACUCACAGGAAGGUGACUCACAAACUAAAUCUAUUAGGUUCUAAGUGGUUUAUAAAAAUACUAGAGCGGCAUUACUCAUCUGCAUCAACGGAAGCACUUGUUUCUAAACAAGACCUUCUGCAAGUCAAGAGACCACUAAAGGCAUCAAGGACCAGGCAGCCAUCCAGGAGCAACCUUCCAGUUCUGUCUCUGAACGAGGAUAGAAGAGAGACAAAGGGAUCUUUGAUGUCUACAGCCAUCAACAUUAAAAAUAGGAGUGCAGAAUAUUUCAAACUUGACCAGGCCUGCAUCUAUCCGAAAACCGCCUUGCAGGAUCUGAUGCACUGCACAGCGUUUGCCACGGCAGAUGAAUAUCACCUUGGAAAUCUCUCUCACGAUCUCGUUUCCCAUGGAUAUGUCGAAGUAACAAGUUUGCCUAGAGAUGCAGCAAAUAUUUUGGUGAUAGGUGUGGAAAGUUCAGCAAAAGAAGGUGAUCCUGGAACAGUAUUCUUCUUCAGGGAAGGAGCUGCUGUGUUCUGGAAUGUGAAAGACAAAACUAUGAAGCAUGUGAUGCAAAUUAUAGAAAAACAUGAAAUUCAGCCCUAUGAAAUUGCAUUGGUACACUGGGAAAAUGAAGAGCUUAACUACAUAAAAAUAGAGGGGCAGUCAAAACUGCACAGAGGGGAAAUCAGGUUAAAUUCAGAACUAGAUUUAGAUGACGCCAUUCUAGAGAAAUUCGCUUUCUCCAAUGCUCUUUGCCUUUCAGUGAAACUGGCUAUUUGGGAAGCAUUACUGGAUAAAUUUGUUGAAUCAAUUCAGUCGAUUCCAGAGGCUUUAAAAGCUGGGAAGAAAGUGAAACUAUCUCAUGAAGAAGUUAUGCAGAAAAUGGGUGAACUCUUUGCCCUAAGGCACCGUAUAAACUUGAGUUCAGACUUCUUGAUCACUCCAGAUUUCUACUGGGACAGAGAAAACCUGGAAGAACUUUACGAUAAAACCUGUCAGUUCCUCAGCAUUACUCGGAGAGUUAAGACAAGAGUAAAGGAAAAGAGCAAGUUCACAGUCACCAACAAUGGACAUGGUUUGAGCAAGGAACCUACUGAGGGUGUGGGCCAGAAGUCUAAAAAUAAGGGUGUCUUUCAAGAACUUACUCAAUGUGAAUAUGAUAUGAUGUUCAACCAUGAAAGCUACAGUUGAAGAUGAGAAAUGUCAAGGUAGGAUCAAUAAUGAAAACAAAAGCACAGUGAAAUAAUCAAGGAGCUGGACAAGAAUCAGAGUGCCAAGAAGGAAGGGGAAACUUGGAGCAGUGCCACUGCCUCAUCGCUCCGCUAACCCAGGAGGGGCACCUCGGUCUUGCCUGGCAACAGAGCUCUUCCAAGUGGAAACACUGCUGGAAAGUUGACUAUGCAGCCCAGAGGACAGGUGGAGUAGGGUCCAGUCAGUCCUAAAAUGAGAAGUGUCCCAGAAAAAGUCAGUUCUGCACCAGUUUUCUUAAAAAAUUUGGUUUCUCGGGCCUUAACUGAGUACAUAGGGAAAAUACAUACAAAGCUCUAUUCAGUACUGUAAACGAGGAGAAAUCAGGUAAUGUCCUAAAGUAUAAAAAUAGUCUAUUUAAAUUUUGCUCCAUUAAAUAUACGUAUGUUCUUUCAA